AUGGGUCUACAUGUGGUCAGCCCAGACCAGUACGGAGAGGUGCUUCAAUGUGAUCUGCGAGGAGAGGAGGGCGAGAGCCAGAGCGAAGCCGGCCCCCCCGUCAGGCCGCCUGUCAUCAAGAAGAGGAGGAAAGGCAAGAAGAGAUGACUGUGGAUCAGCCUCACCAACUGCAAAUAUGAAAGUGUGCGGCGAGCGGCGUGCAGGUACGGCCUGAAGGAGGUGGCGGAGGGCGAGGACUGGACGCUGUUCUGGACCGACUUCUCCGUGACUCUGCUCCGCGUGAAGGACAUGAAGUGUUACCAGAAAAUAAACCAUUUCCCAGGGAUGAAUGAGAUCUGCCGCAAAGAUUUACUGGCAAGAAACAUGAACCACAUGCUGAAGCUCUUCCCCAAGGACUACGGCAUCUUCCCCCGGACCUGGUGCCUUCCCGCAGAUUACAGCGAAUUCCAAGCUUACACCAGGGCCAAAAGACACAGGACGUACAUCUGUAAGCCAGACACCGGCUGCCAGGGCAAAGGCAUCUUCAUCACCAAGUCCAGUAAAGACAUUCCAGCUGGAGAACACAUGAUCUGCCAGGUCUACAUCUCCAGGCCUUUCAUUAUCGACGGCUUCAAGUUCGACCUGCGUAUCUACGUGCUGGUGACGUCAUGUGACCCGUUCAGUGUCUUCAUGUUCAAGGAGGGACUGGCUCGCUUCUGCACCACACACUACAACGAGCCCAAGCACGGCAACGUGGAUGACGUCUGCAUGCAUCUCACCAACUACUCAAUCAACAAGAACAGUGAGAGGUUUGUCCGUGACGAGGACACUGGCAGCAAACGAAAACUGUCGACGCUGAACAAGUACCUGGAGUCCAUCAGCUGCAACACGGAGAAGAUGUGGAGCGACAUCGAGGACGUGAUCAUCAAGACGCUGAUCUCCGCCCAGCCGACCCUGAAGCACAACUACCAGACCUGCUUCCCCAACCACACCAACGGCAGCGUGUGCUUCGAGAUCCUGGGCUUCGACGUGCUGCUGGACCACCGCCUGCGGCCCUGGGUGCUGGAGGUGAACCACUCGCCCAGUUUCACCACCGACUCGCCGCUGGACCGCGAGGUGAAGGACGCCUUGCUGUACGACACGCUGGUUCUCAUCAACCUCGGCGCCUGCGACCGCCGCAAGAUCACCAAGGAGGAGAAGCGCCGGGUGAAGGACCGGCUGGAGCAGAACUACUCCCGCGAGGCCAGGAUGGAGGAGCUGCGGCAGUGCCAGGCGGCCACGAUGGAGCAGAUGGAGCAGUACGAGGCCGACAACCUGGGCGGCUUCAAGAGGAUUUACCCCAGACAAGGAACAGAGAAAUACGACAAGUACUUCAAACACAGCAUCCUCUUCCAGAAGACGGCAGCGUCCCAGGCCCGAGAGGACUGCUCCAGGCAACAGCUGCAGGAGCUGCGUCUGAAGGAGGAGAAGCUGAAGGAGAGGGAGCAGAGGGGGGGUCGGAGGAGAGACCUGCAGGGGGAGACAGCGGGGGAGCGGGUCAGAAGACCACCAGCUCGGAUCCCUCUCACACGGCUGGAUCCCGAAGCGUCACGCGCCCGAGCAGAGAAGCAGAAGCAGGAGAAGGAGGAGACGGCCGAGGUGGAGGAGCAGCAGCGGGUGGAGGCCCUUCUCCAGAGGAAGAAGCUGCUGCAGGACCUGGGCGUGGUGGAGCAGAUCCGGCAGCUGCUGCAGGACCAGGUCGGGAAAGACCCCCAGCUGCUGAGGAGGCAGCAGCGCCGCCAGGAGAGCAAGGUUCCAGCGGAGCACCGGGUUCACUCACGUCGACCCUUCGAUGGCGUCUCUCCAGAGGAAGCAGCCUCCGCCGCCGCCCGGCCCUCAGACCACACGGCAGUCAGCAGAUCCCUGGACGUGUGGCCGGAGAGCAGGAGAAGCUCCGUCUCCGACCCCCGGCUCAGCGCCUCCACCAUAAACCCCCCCGCUGCCCUGCAGAGCCUGCUGGUCAUCUCCAGAGCGCCGCUGGUCGUAAGGCCUGGCUUCCCUCACGCCAGGGGCCCCCGGCACGGGAAAGGCCAGCGGCGCUCAGGGGCCACAGACUGA